CGGCGGGGAUGCUGCGACCCCCUGCCCGCCCUCGGGAGCGGGGGGCGGCGCGAGCGGGAGGCGGCGGCAGCGGCUGAUGGCGUCCUGGCGCGCGGAGCAGCCCGGCCCGGCCCAGCCCGCCCCCGCGGAGAAAAGCGGCGGAGCUGCCCGCGCCGCGCGCACUGCGGCCCCGCUGCCCCGCGCCGGGUCCAUGCACGCCGCGCCGGGGGCAGCGCAGCGCAGGAGGCGCCCGCUCUGGGGCGGCGGCCACGGCUCCCCCGCCCGGCGCCAGGACUGCGCUGCAAUGACUACAGCAAGAUAUAGGCCUACCUGGGACUUGGUACUUGACCCUUUGGUGUCCUGUAAACUCUGUCUUGGCGAGUAUCCUGUGGAACAGAUGACAACAAUAGCGCAAUGCCAGUGCAUCUUCUGUACUCUGUGCCUGAAACAGUAUGUAGAGCUUCUGAUCAGAGAAGGUCUGGAAACAGCAAUUAGUUGCCCAGAUGCUGCCUGCCCAAAGCGAGGUCAUCUACAAGAAAAUGAGAUUGAGUGUAUGGUUGCCUCAGAAAUCAUGCAAAGGUAUAAGAAGCUACAGUUUGAAAGAGAAGUGCUUUUGGACCCAUGUCGGACUUGGUGUCCCUCUUCUACAUGCCAGUCAGUUUGCCAACUACAAGAAUCGGGGCCUAAGAAUCCCCAGUUGGUCCAAUGCAAAGCUUGUGAUAUAGAAUUUUGCUCUGCUUGCAAAUCUAACUGGCAUCCAGGACAAGGCUGUCAAGAGAAUAUGCCAAUUUCCUUCCUUCCAGGAGAAACAAGUUCUGUUUUCAAAAUGGAAGAAGAUGAUGCUCCAAUCAAACGCUGUCCAAAGUGCAAAGUUUAUAUUGAGCGAGAUGAAGGUUGUGCCCAAAUGAUGUGUAAAAACUGCAAACAUGCCUUUUGCUGGUACUGUCUGGAAUCUCUUGACGAUGAUUUCCUCCUUAUACAUUAUGAUAAAGGACCUUGUCGAAACAAGUUAGGUCACUCCAGGGCAUCUGUUAUUUGGCACAGAACACAGGUGGUGGGAAUCUUUGCAGGAUUUGGUCUACUUCUGUUGGUGGCCUCACCUUUCCUUUUACUUGCUACCCCAUUUGUUCUUUGCUGCAAGUGCAAGUGUAAUAAAGGAGAUGAUGAUCCACUACCUACUUAGAUCAAGAGAAAAUGGGACUCAUGGCAGCACAUUUUUUUGUUUCCCUAUUGCACUCUAUGUUGCUGUAGCCUUUCUUGCCCCAUCCUGCUUUUGAGUGACACAUGGAGUCGGAAACUCCAGGAACAGUUGUUACUACAGUUUCAUAGACCAAUUCAUAAUAGUUGAGAAGGAAAAUAGAAGGCAAGUUGGAUGUUUAGGGGAGGUCAACGACCAAGUUAGAUAUCUGAAAUUAAGAGAUGGAGAUACUGGUUUCUUGUUACCCCAGCAAGUUACCAUGUAGGACUAGGAAUUGUGUUAAGUUACAUCAGCAAAAGAACCUCAAUUUUCCAUGCAAAUUUUCACAUAUCCAUAUGCUUUUAAAUGGUGUCUUAUUUCUACGUGUAUUUACGUUGCCUAUCAUUUAAAUUGGGCAGUUAAUUUGACAUGUUUGUUAUGACCAUUUUUUUAUGAAUAUUGCCACUGCAAAAUCCUGUGCUGGUGUAUAUUUUUCCAAGGGUAAUGAAAUCAAUAAGGUGCAUGUAGGCCAUCAUAUGCCUUUUUGAAUUUCGGGGUGGGGGUGGGGCGGGGAUUGGAAUUGCUGCCUUCCACUAGUUUUGGGAAGUCUUAUGAUACUACUUUGAUCAAAAACUACAUUUUAAAAAUGAAUUUAUGAAAGCUGCAAAGUUUAGUGGUGACACAAACCUGUUACUUAAUCAAAGUUCUUUUAAAAAUGCAUAGGUGGUAUUGAUUACCAUUGGACCACUAGUCUUUUUCUGAAUUGUUAAUUUUUUGCUAUUAUUUAAGGAUCUGCUACACUUAUAGGGCUACAUAACGUCUAAUCCAGGUAUCUUAACCUUUUAUAUAUAUAUAUAGAGAGAGAGAGAGAGAGAAAAUUAUAUCUUAAACCAAAUGUGUAAAUAGCUGUGCUAUUGGUUAUUUUAGAAGUUCAAGAUGGCUUGCUUCUGUCUUUAAAAGCAAGUAGCAAAACAAAUAAAUUUUGAGACUAAUUUUACUUUUCAGCAGACUCUUGACUUAGUAGUGAUUCCUUUCUUGAUAGUGUGAAAAAUAUUAAACUUCAGGGUUAAUCUUAUAGUUGAUGAUUUAAAAAAAAAAAAAAAAGCCUGGGAUGUUUGUGGAAGUUCUUCUCAGUGUUUAAGCAUUUGACCCAUUUUUCAGAAUUGAUGUCAUAUGGUGUAUGAUAUUGCUGAUGAUACUGUGACAAAACAGUUCUCUCUUUUAUAAUUAACGUGUGUUAUUCCAGUGUGGUAUUUUUGCUAUUUUGUUGUAAUUUAGUGCUGUAACUUUUCCAGCGUAGAAACAUGUCCUAGUCAACAUAUUGCUGAUCACAAACUUUCCACUCCAGUACUACUUUGUGCAAAACUGUAGGAAGAAACCUUCCCCACCCCCUUCCCCCACAACCUACAUGAAUUUAGCAAACUCUGACCCAGGCAUUCCUUCCCCCCCCCCGGUAGCUCUGUAUUCAAGAGGAUAACAAGUAGAACUGUAUAUAGAAGGCAAGUCAGAGUUAAGCUACCUUUAUUUCCUAGUCCAGGGUUAAGCAAUGUUUUUGUAGCAGAGGGCUGCUUUAAUCGAGCUUGGCUCCAAGCACAGCAGCCCCCUAUCCUAGUCCUUUUAUAUCUUUAGGCAGUCAAGAGGUGCAUGUAUAUCCAAGUCAAUAAGACUUUCCACUUAAGAGAUUGUGUGGUCAGGGUCCUUAAACAUAGCAGCAGUUGGGUAACUACAGCAGGUUGAAAAGAUAUUUUCCUGACUCAAACUCAUUAAAAAGUUAUUUCUUUUUUUCCAUUCCUUCUAUUUACUCUGCAAUUCAGUUAUAGGAAAGAAUUUCAGAGACCCAUUGACUUUCAAUGAGAUUAAAGCUCAAAGUCAUUUAGGCACUUCUGAGCAUCUUUCCCUUAACCCGAGGUCAAAAUAUUGACUUUAAAAUACUUUACGUCCAAAAUCAAACAAAGCAAGUGAAAAAUGCUUUCCAGAGAUUUUUUUAAUCUUAGUAAAUUCAACCUUAUUAAGAGGGAGGAAGAGGAAAUCUUGUUACAAUCUAAUGUAUAAUGUAUAUAUAAUAUCAUUAGGUUUGCACAAAAUGUAUAAUUCAGAGCUCUAGUGGUGGCAUUAUUCUUUUAUCCCACUUUUCAUAAUAGUUUCACCAAUAUUAAAACAACUUUCCAUUUACUUAUUUUCUCAAUGUUCACAUGAGGGAUUUGGAUGCCACAUGAGCUCCUCACUGGGAUGGAGAUACUGCUCAGUAGUGAGCAGUAGGAAAGCGUUGCACUGAAUGCAGUUAUUCCUAUGUGUCCAUGUCAUAAAUUGCCUUCAAAACUAAUGGGCAUAGUAAGACGUUGGAAGGAAACUAUCCUGUUUUGGGAUGUUGCUUAAGGCCAUGUAUAUUAAGUUUCUACCGAGAGAGUCACCACUCUCCUCAUAGAAACUGCAAGCACAUUCACUAAAAUUAUUAUAUCAGUUUAUCCAUGACAUCAGGAUCCCCAAUCUGGAAAGUGAGUGAGUUUGGCUUCUUCAGUCCCCUUCCUGACUGGUCUGGGUGGGGACUUGAGCAGUUGUAGUUCCCCAUGCCUUCCCCAGACCAGGAUCAACCUGAAUCAGCGCUUAUAGUGUAGAAUUAAUGGGUACCUGUACAUGAAUAGCUCAGUUUUGCCAGACUUGAGGCAAGUUGAUGUUGUGUGAGAGCUUAAACCAUGGACCUGCCCUGUGCAGAUCAGGUUGCAGAAAGAGGAGUUGCAGGUCAGACAUCUAACUGUGCCUAAAGAGCUGAAAAGGGUUUCCUACAUGGUGAGCGCUAGGUUGCACACAGAUUUCUUUUUAAAUUAUAAGUGAUUCUGGUUAACAAUUCCAGAAGACAGAUUGUGGCCAAUCACUGUAGUGUCUGGGAUAUUGUAGUACAACAAUUAUUUCCAUUCUGAUUUUUCUAAGAAGUAGCCUUUAUAGAACAGAGUUGUGGCACUGUGACCUGGGAAUACAAUACCCAGGGAAUUGAGAAUUUAAGUCCCCAGGGAAACAAUUAAUGCAUUUCAAAAUUUAAAGUGGCGGGUUAUAAAUUACAACACUUUAAAAAAAAUAGUUUAUAGUUGAUAAUCACCAUUAGCACUGAGAAUGCAUUUUAGUCGUUAUACCCGUGUUAGAGGCCUACAUCGUAUUUCCGGCUCCAUUUACAUGGUGUCAUUUGAUUUCUCUUCUGGGCAUUGGAAGCCACUCUGCAAAUAUCUUGCAUCCUACUUUUUUUUAGUUUGUAUUAAUUUUAGCAUUGCAGUUUUGUUUCAAAAGAGUGAUAGCUCUGGUAGUCACUCUGUGACAGCUUAUGUUGACAGUCUGGUAUUUACUACCCUGAAUCAGAUUGUAAAUAAAAUAUGUAUUGCUUUAAACUCUGAUGUUAAGUCCCACAUUUAUGGAAGAGUAAAUGUGCUCAUGUGCUUAUGUUGUAUUUUUGAGGAAACUGUUUAUGGGUUUUCAGAUGACAGUUUAAAGACAAUGGAGGUUCAAUGCAUGGUUUUUGUUGUAUUUUAUGUCUAUUCUACAGUUUGCUUCAUUUGCAUUGCCUUAAAUGCUCUUUUAAAGGAGAUGAUUACAAUAUGUGAGUUGAAUAUUCUGCUGGGAAGGAGCAGUGUCUUGUCUAGUGGUGAGAGCAGGGGAAUGAGAAUGGAGUUGCAUCUCCGGGGGGCAGUUUUCUGUUGGCUGCUUUCUUCCAGCUCUGCCACUGAUAUGGAUUCAUGCCUGCCCUCACUGCAGGAAUUGGGGAAAACUCCUCUGGAAUGACAUUGGGCCUUCAUUAUGGCUGCUUACAGAUGUGGAAAAAAAAAUAAACCAGAACUUUAAGCUGAUUUCAAUUGGCUAUUAAAUCGGCUUUAGAUAAAAGCACCGAAAAGCCCUGCUGAAGCUCCUGAUCUAUACAGCCUCUGGGGAGCUGAGUCAAACUAAUGCUCUGCUGCUUCUGGUAAAGUGUUGUUUGGGGGGCGGGUUCUGCUUGUGUUUGUUUUCGCGUCAGCAGCAUCUGUGACGUUCAACAAGUCGCUGCUCCACUGGUUGUCUCACUUUAGUCAUCUUUAAAACAGGUGGAACAAUGCUUACCUACCUCACAGGGGUGUUGUGAGGCUUAAUUAAUUGUUUGGAAAGCUCUCUGAGGUCCUCUGAUGUAAGAUGCUAUGUCAGUACUUACUAUUAUAGUUUUAUGUUAAUAGUUCAAUCAUUGUCUUACUACUUUCACCCUGAAACUUCCUGCCAUAGUCUACAGAGAGCAGUUUUUUAAAUACCAGACCCCAUAACCUUUCAUAGAAUAUUUAUCUUCAAAUCAUGAAAGAUAACAAGUAAGAACUGAGUGUCCCAGUUCUUAAUGUAGAAUUGAUGACCUGACUUGAAGAAAAUAUUUAAUACUAAGAUAGAUAAAGUAUUAUGUGUUUAUGGGAAGAGUUGGGUAAAACAUAUUCAUAGAGCAAAACAGGAUAUUUGGACUUAAAAUGUUGUGGACUUCAAAAGUGAUAUUUAUGUAUUUCUUAUAUUCUCCCCUUACUAUAAAGGAGAUAUUUAAUAAAAGCAUUUUUCAUCUUGUAAGGUACAGCAUGCACGAAGCUUUAUGCAGGUUUGCGUUUAAAAACCAAAGUUCAUACAUUUCCUAUAUAGCAUUUAAAAUUCUAAUGAAAAUGGAGGUGGCUGCAGAUAAUGACAUUAACAAGAUCAAGAAAAGCCUGCAUUAAUGCUUAAUUGCUAAUGCACUUAAACUAAGUAAAGCAUGCUGUUUGGGGGUUUUAAAACCCCGUGGUCUUCAUUAUGGCUUUGAUUUGUGUCUCUCGUAUAGAAUUCCAGGAACGUUAGGUACAGACACGUGCUACAUAGCAGAACCUUUCUUGAUCAUUUUACCAUGGAUGUAUUUUAACCUUGUAUAGAGAUAAGCAUGAAAGAGUCAUGCAUAUGUAUAAAUGAUGUAUUUGACCAGUGUAAAAAUAAGUUUUUGUUUAUGUAUUUGAAAUGUAAGUACAUUUUGUGCCACUAACACUGUGAUGUAUAAAAGAACUGUCGAAUGCCUUUUAAUGUUGUGUUUUGUACUUUGAAUCAUACUGAAGAGUUUAAUUUGUAACUUCAAUAGAUAUUUUAAAUGAA